AUGGCAGUACUGAUAUUUCACGCGGUGUUUCCAUCGCAUAUCACACCAUUCACAAUCUAUCUCCUCGCUAUAUUUGCAUCCAACGUGGUACAUCUCAGCGUGGUGCGAACACUGGGCAUCGUUAACGACUUGCGCGGCAUGUGGCCAUUCGGACGGGCGGAGUGCAUGCUGUUUCUGUACUUUGAAAAGGUCAUCAGCAUUAUCCCCGUGAUGACGCACGUGUUGAUCUCGGUCAACCGAUUGUGGGCUGUUGUAUAUCCGGUUUCAUACAGGGAGCACCAUACCAAAACGAUGGCCACACUGAUCUGUUUGGGUGUGGUCGCGUACGCCAACAUCCUGGAUCUUCCGCCUUUUCUUUUGGACAGACUGCGCUACUACAACUGGGAUAAAAGCAAAGGAUGCCCAGAAAUUACAGGGACGUUCAUUUUGUGGACACAGAUCGAAACUUUUCUCAACCGGUUUCUCCCGUUACUCUUCAUCAUUGUCGCGUACAUCUUCCUAAUUAUCAAACGCUGGCAGAAGAAAAAGAAGCUACAGCCAGGAGAGAAACGCGACAAACCGCGCAAGAAUACCGAUGCUAAAGCUUUGCCAUCAGCGCAAAAUGUUUGCCGUAUCCGCAUGGCCAGUUGUCGCAAGCAAAACCGGAGUCGCGACAAGCAGCCCCAUAACGUCAAGAAUAAUCUCCCGGUAAGGACCGUCCGGCCGUUCAUGAUUCUUACGCUGACCUGUAUCAGUGUUCUGAUUUGUUGGAUACCAGUGGAUGUAUACUUUCUGGCGAUGAAAUUUAACGCACGCAUGUCGCAGACGGUGUUUAUCGUAACGGGGACGUUGUUCUCCGUGCAAAUGAUUUUCGAUCCGUUGGUGUGGCUUGUUAGUCUGCGUAAAACUAAGUCCUAA